UGCUUUCUCUCCCCUUGACAGGCACACACUCUAAUUACGUUCGGCAAUCGGAGAGAAGUGUAGUACUAUUACUCUAUCCGUGCCGAUUAUUUCUGGCGAGACUUUUAAACCGACGACAGCGGUGAUUGGGCGGCGCAGUCACGGGGUCCGCAGUCUCUUCGCCCUGCCUAGAGUCAGUCAGUCAGUCAGGGGAAGGCGAGUCUGCCUGCAAGCGCUUCUCUCUGAGUGGAUCCACCAGACGCACACAUACACGCUCACACGGACCUUCACACACAAUUAUUGUUAAUUACUGAACCCUUUUCGCUCUUUUGAGAGUCUGUUUUUCCACCAUGGGCGACAAAAAGAGCCCGACCAGGCCAAAAAGACAAGCCAAACCGACAGCGGACGACGGAUUUUGGGACUGUAGUGUGUGCACUUUCAGAAACAGUGCCGAAGCCUUCAAAUGCAGCAUCUGUGAUGUACGGAAGGGCACGUCUACCAGGAAACCCCGGAUAAACUCCCAGCUGGUGGCACAGCAGGUGGCCCAGCAGUACGCCAUUCCUCCUCCCCCAAAGAAAGAGAAGAAGGAAAAGCCAGAGAGGCCUGAGAAAGAUCGAGCCGAGGGGGAGCGUCCCGACAGAAAUCCACAUGACACCGAACACACGGACAAGGACAAGAGUGAGAAGGAGCAACCUGACAAAGAGAAGAAGGACAGAGAGAAGGAAAUCACCCCAGCCAUCAUCAAGAAACCCAACAGCAAAAAGAGCAAACCCAAGUUAGACAGCCAUCAGAGCCCACCCAGUGAACGAAACAGCAUUCAAUCUGGCAAAUCCACAACCAAGACCAAGAACUCCCACAUCUCCAGGCCCAAGCUGAAGAACAUUGACAGGAGCACAGCCCAGCAGCUGGCCAUCACAGUGGGGAACGUCACAGUGAUCAUAACAGACUUUAAGGAGAAGACCCGCACCUCCUCCACCUCGUCCUCCACAGUGACCUCGAGCGCCGGCUCUGAAAAGCAGCACCAGAGCUCUGGCUCCGAGAGCAUGGACAAGGGCUCAUCCCGUGCGUCGACACCAAAGGGAGACCUCUCGGUCGGGCACGAUGAGUCAUUCUGAGCACCACGGACGCUGUCGAGACAGCAGGGAUGUACUUUGCCUCCAUUUCCCCUCACCUUGCCCUGAGCCAACUCAUAUUCAUUUCUGUCACUGAAAGAGGAAGAUACAUUCCUCUUACCCACACACACUCAACAUACCUACACAUACAUUUGUGUAAAUGGUGCAUCCAUGGUGGACCAUGGAUUUGGGCCGCUGGGCAAACUAUCCCUAAUUUCCCUUCCUGGAGACAUCCCACUCUUGUAUGUAUUGUUUUAUAUUUGUAUGUGGAUGUGCAGCUGAAUCAACAUUUUUGUUUUGUUAAAAAUAUAUAAAUAUAUAUGUAAAUGUGCGCUGUGCACAGUAACCACCGACAUUUUAACUAUUUCGAACCAUUACUGCUCUUAUUUAUGUUUCAUCUUUUUACUUUUAGAGUUUUUUUUUUUUUUUUUUUUUUUUUUGGUCAAAGGUUUUUUCAGCAAAAUAGCUCAAGCCGACGGCUCCCCUUUAGUGUUGAAACGAUUUUUCCGGCGAUUCCUGAGAAACUUCUCACAAUGGUGCUAGCUACACUGUGAAAUGGUUUCAGUCCUCAGACUGACGUUCACACCAUAGAAACAGAUCCCUCUGCUCCUGAAAACAAUGGAAAUAUUUGUAUCCUGGUGUCAGGGUGCAUUCUUCUGUUGCUUUGUUUUGGGAUUUUUUUCCAUUUUGCGAAACUGAUCUGAACAUUUGUGCACUGGGGGUCCCAAGAUCUGGUUUCGUCAACAUACUAAACGGAUGAGGUUUUACACCUGUUGCGUUAUGGAGAAGACAGCUGGGAUUCACAAACUGCAAGAAGACAUUGCGAGCAUGAUGUGUGAGCUUUGGAUUUGAUCAUUCGGAGAUGAACUGAGCUUUCUUAACGCUCACUUGGCUAAAUGUCUGGUUUUGCAAUUGUAUUCAGAACAUUUUGUUCGACAGCUUUUGUUGUCCUUCAUGGUCUACAUAUGAUGUAUUGUAAAAACACUAAAAGGGUUUGACGUCUCAAAGGUCCAUAGGCCUUUAAAGUUGAAGAACUACUUCUGCAUUUUCUAGUUAUUUUUGAUCGAAAGGAACAGAUUUUAAUCUUGGGGCUUUACUCAGCCUUGUUUUAAUCUGAAGACAGACUUGUGACAUUUUCCCAUUAUUUUUAGAAACCUAGAUGAUGUUGAGCAGUGCAGUAUUUACUAAAACAGUCCCAGCGCUAGAAAUAAGAGACAUUGUGCUGAACACGAACUUUCGCUGAAUGCAUGGGAACUCUUGCAAGCAUUCAGCACUAACAUUUUUAAAUUUGUUUACUUUAGUGUCACGAAAAAAAAACGCGAGCAUGAUUUCCCACAAUAUUCCCGCUCCCCAUUAACUCAAGAUGUCUAGCUGGCGGUCCUACAAUUCUCAAAGUCAGCAUAUCUUCCCUUUGAACUGUAUUAAACCUGUACAAAGUAUGUGUAUAUGAUAUGAGUUUUAUUUAUUGAAGGACCAAAGGAAUUUGAUAUUGAUGACAUGCUAGGCAAAUGAAUAAUUCAAAAUGUAAUUACCAUAUGUGUGCUAUAACGUUUUAAUAAAGUCUAAUAUAAUCCA